GCGUAUCAAUCCAGUAUCGAUCCGUGUCGAUCCAGCUGUCGUACUGAACUUGCCAUGUUCUGCACACUCAGGCUCCAGCAUUCAGAAUUGUGCUGACUUUCACUUAGGCUGGUGGAAUAAGCUGCGGAUUUGUCUUUUACGCCUCACAACCCUUCUUGAGAAUUGUCAUCACCGUUCUUGCGCUAUCAGUUUGUACACUAUAUAAAAAGAGGAGAGAGGGGUUGAGAGGAGGGCAACGUUCCCUGGCCAGGUGGCCUCUUUGUGUCAGCGAAGAUGGUACAAAAGUCGUGCCAUGGUGCCAGCGAUAGCAGGAGGCAGGAGAUUGAGAAAGUGAAUAAUUUAGGAAUGAAACCAGCUUGUGUAUACCGCCUUAUCACUGUUCUUUAUAUGUAGAUUGCAUCAUACCUAUAUGAAAUGCAAAAGUGCUCAAAUGUCCGGGCGUCGUUUGUAUUUUAAACAGCGCCGGGCCGGUACUCGGCGACUUCCGCGCCGGGCCGGGGGUGUCUGAACCCACCCCCGUCUAAAUCAGCUCCUGGGCCAAGUAGCGACUCGCAGUAAGCGUUAUUCGAAAGAGCAAAAGAAAUAAUGAAGAAAACACAUCAGUCAUUUUUAGGUCAGGUCAAAGGUCAGGUCACCAGAGGUCAUCAAAGGUCAAAUUUUGUCAAAUCAAAGGUCAAACGAAAGAGCAAAAAGUAAACCAUAUAUUCUGAAGGUCAUCCCAGUGCAGUCUGCAUCCAGCUGUUCACGCCUGCCUCGUGCAUAAUCGCAAAUCAUAAUCAUGCGAUCAUCAUCAGUCAUCACCGUAUAGCGAGUCAGCCCAGCACAGCUCCUCUCGUCUUCUACUCGUCUUCUGUGUCUUCGUCUUCACUAUCACUGCUUCCCAGGGUAACGACGACGCGCUCCACCUCUUCGGCCACGUUCUCGUGCUGCCAGUAGCGCUCUUCGAGCACUUCCACGUGAUCGCAGCACUUAGCCCAUGCCGAGGGUGGGAUGUGGGCCACCGCCUCUUCCACAAGCAGCUUGAUGGCUCCCAUGCUUCCGCUUCUGUUGCGUUGUCUCACAUACGUUUUCAGUUGAGCCCAUAUCAUUUCGAUCGGGUUCAGGUCGCAACUGUAGGGUGCCAGCCUGACCACUGUGUGUCCUUUUUCUUUUGCCAGUUCAUCCACAUAGUACGUUUUUGGGGGAGCGUGCUUGUGAACCAGCUCCAGAAGCUCCACUUUGAGCAUGUCGUCGGCAUAUGAAAUGCCAUUUUCUUCCAGCCAUGCCUGGAUCUCCCCUUUCUUGUUACUGGUCGUCGGGGUCUUGUUUUUAAUCCGGCUGUGGUAGCUGGCGUUGUCCAUGACGAUAACGCUGUUAGCCGGGAUGUUCUGGAGUAGGCUGGAGAACCAUUCCUCGAAAUGUUGCGCAUUCAUCGAGUCGUGGUAGUCGGUGCUCUUGCCGUCGGUCCAGGUGGUAAGCAAGGCAUCACCGACAAAUCCAUCUCUGGAUCCAGCAUGGACAAUGAUCAGACGCUUGCCUUUGCCAACAACACUUCUUCUGCCACAAAACUCGCGAUCAUCCAGCCAGCCUUUUUGAUCAAAAUCAAACUGACUGAACCACGUUUCAUCGAGAUAGAUGACUGCUCGGUCGGGCUCAGUAUUGCGGAUCCUGCGCAUUUCUCUGAGGUAGCGGGCUCUUGCAGCCCGCACGUACGGGCGCUCUGUUGUAGACGGCCGAAUACGGUACGGGGGACCGGCGCGCGGGAGCGGGCCGCGGCGGCUGUGCCGUCGAUGCUCCGCCCUAAUCACGUGAUUGCCUGGAGGUGUGUGUCGGCCGACCCCGGGUCGGCCGGCCGGGAGAAUACAGUUCAUGCCGAGAGACGAGCGUGUGUGGCUCUGGUGGCGGGGAUAACAUUGGCGACGAGGAUGAGAUCCGCAAGAUGCCACUCGGCCGGUUGGAAGUUUUUGAAGCAGCAGAAGACAACUGGGAGGAGUACAUCGAACGGUUGGUCCAAUUUUUUGUUGCAAACGAGAUAGAGGAGGAUGUAAAGAAAAGGGCUAUUUUGUUGAGCAACGUGGGAGCCCGAACCUAUGGCGUCUUGCGUUCACUUUUGUCCCCGGUGAGACCCGAUGAGGUUUCAUAUGACCACAUCGUGAAUGUAUUGAGAGAGCACUUCCAUCCGCGACCGUCGGUCACUGUGGCGCGGUUCAGAUUUUUCUCGUGCUCCCGUAGUAUAAAUGAACCGGUGCAAGACUAUAUAGCCCGACUGAAACAGCUGUCACGGGAUUGUCAGUUUGGCUCGUUUUUGGAAGAAAUGAUUCGUGAUCGGCUAGUGUGCGGAAUCAAUUCGGAUUUGAUUCAGAGCCGUCUGCUGUCGGAGCCUGAAUUAUCGUUACAGAAGGCGACUGAAAUGGCCGUGGCGCUGGAGACAGCCAGCCGGAACCAGCAGGAGCUGGCAGGAGGACCUCGGGUUGGACAGCCACCGACCGAGCCAGCGGUGCAACGCAUCCACACAUCGGAGUCGCGGCCGCCACACGGACGGGGGAGCCGUGAAAACUCAAGUAAGCCCAAGUUUUCUGAUUCUGAGGCUAAUAAGUGCUGGCGCUGCUUGAGUAGCAAACAUUCAGAGUCUGAGUGUUUUUUCAAACGCAAGCGUUGUUUUCGUUGUUCCAAAUAUGGUCAUACAAGUGCCGCUCAUAGAGCAGGAACCGUGAACAGUCUCGGAGAUGUGCCUCACCAAUCUGACGAGGUGACUGUUGAAGAUGGUGAGCCCGGGCCGGAGGACACUGUGGUGGGAGACCUGUUCACCUUCUCAGCUGGACUGAGCAGAGGUCGACCUCCGAUCCUGCUGGACGUGACGCUGAAUGGGAAGCAGGUCCAGAUGGAACUGGACACUGGAGCGUCGGUGUCUGUCUGCUCCUACGGUAGGUUCAAAGAACUCUGGCCGACUGGUGACCGGUUGUUACGGCCCACAGACAUUCUCCUGCGCACUUUUUCUGGAGAAAAGCUGGUGGUAAGAGGUGAGGUGAUACUUGAUGUGGGUUAUCAAGGAUCAACGUACCAACUACCUCUGGUGAUCCUGGAAGGAAGGGGGCCAUUGCUGUUUGGAAGAAAUUGGCUGCAUCAGAUUCGGCUAAAUUGGCAGAGCAUUUGUACGGUGUCCAGUAAAACUGAUGUCGAGGCGGUGGUGGACAAGUUUCCGGAGCUUUUCCAGGACGACUUGGGGUGUGCUCGAGAUGCUGAGGUCAGCAUCCCAGUGGACGAGUCUGCAUCACCGAUCUUCUACAAGCCCAGGACGGUGCCGCUGGCGUACAAGGCUCAGGUGGAUGCUGAGUUGGAGCGGCAGCUGAAGGCUGGACUUCUGGUACCUGUGAAGUGGAACAGCUGGGCGGCUCCCAUCGUGGCAGUGCCGAAGGCUUCAGAACCCACAGGAACACAACGCAGCGCUGGAGGAGGUUCUCCGGCGCCUGUCAGAGGCCAACCUGAGGCUACAGCGACGCAAGUGCCGGUUCGGGAUGAAGUCGGUGAUCUAUUUGGGACAUCACAUCGGGUCAGAAGGGAUAAAGCCAACGGCGGAAAAGAUGCCUGCGAGCUGCCGACGCCUGCUGAGACGGUGCAUCUUAUGGAGUUCGUGGACUCGACUCCAGUGACGGCGAGCUGCAUUCGGACCUUCACCGCCCGGGACCCGGUGCUGAGCGUCGUCCUGCAGUACACCCGAGACGGAUGGCCGACCAGCGGACUCUUGAACCCGGAACUGGUACAGUUUCGACGCAGAGAAGGUGGCGGGCCUGGCGGGCGUCGACCGUUCCACCCGGUGGCUGCGUGGGAGCUGCAUCGGUCGGAGUGGCUCCAAGCUGACGGUGCGACUGACUGACGGCCGGGUGAUACAGCGCCACCUGGACCAGGUGGUCGCCGAUCAGGCCGGCGGGACGCGGCGGGACGGCGGCGCAGACGGGCUGGACGCAGGUGAAGCCGUGACGGUGGACCCCACCGCUGCCGCUGUACCGCUGGUGACACCGUCGGCGGCGUCGGCGGCCCGAGUCGCUGCCGGCGGGGCCGCGCUGGAGGUCGGGCCGACGCCGGCUGGCUCCGGCGCACCGAUGGAUGCUGCGUCUGUGGAGCCUGCUGCUGACCCGGCGACUGACGUGCCUGGGACGACGGGCACCGCAGCUGGGGACGGCGAGGCGCCGGCGGGCGCGGCGGCUGGGGACGACGAUGCUUCGGCACAGUCGCGCUACAACCUACGGCCGCGUAAACCGCCUGUUGUCAAAACGGGAUGUUUUGAUUCGGGUGGGAGGGAUGUUGUAGACGGCCGAAUACGGUACGGGGACCGGCGCGCGGGAGCGGGCCGCGGCGGCUGUGCCGUCGAUGCUCCGCCCUAAUCACGUGAUUGCCUGGAGGUGUGUGUCGGCCGACCCCGGGUCGGGAGAAUACAGUUCAUGCCGAGAGA